CCUCCCUCACCGUUCUUCCCGGGUCACGUCACCGGCCAUAAUCCGGUGCACCUCUGCUCAGGUUUGUGCCUCAGUUCCUACCACGUUAGAUUCUAACGGACGAAACCUUCCUGGAGUAUUGGAGCUGGGAUGGCGGAAAAGAGCCCUGACCUAAGCGGCUCAGUUUGCCAGAGGUGUCCCGCCCUGUCUCCGGAAGGGAGAAUGCUGUCACCUGGGAUCGGAGCAUCCAAGUGGGUUCGUCUGAAUGUUGGUGGGACAUACUUUCUCACAACUAGGCAAACGCUAUGCCGAGACCCAAAAUCGUUUCUGUACCGACUGUGCCAGGCCGACCCCGACCUCGAUUCUGAUAAGGAUGAAACCGGUGCCUAUUUGAUAGACAGAGACCCAACAUACUUUGGUCCAGUGCUCAACUACCUGAGGCAUGGGAAGCUGGUGCUCAAUAGAGGCCUUGCAGAGGAAGGUGUACUGGAAGAAGCUGAAUUCUACAAUAUCACUUGCUUGAUCAAACUGAUUAAAGACAAAAUAAGAGAGAGGGACUGCAGAACAGCCCAACUCCCUGUAAAACAUGUCUAUAGAGUUUUGCAGUGCCAAGAAGAGGAGCUAACACAAAUGGUUUCCACCAUGUCAGAUGGGUGGAAGUUUGAGCAGUUGGUCAGUAUUGGCUCCUCAUAUAACUAUGGAAAUGAGGACCAAGCAGAAUUCCUGUGUGUUGUUUCUAAGGAGUUACACAACCAAUCAUAUGGCACAAGCAGUGAACCAAGUGAAAAGGCCAAGAUUCUUCAAGAACAAGGCUCUCGAAUGUGAAGAAACUGAGUACUCUUUAGUCUUAUGAUGUCCAGAUAAAAAGACACCAUCCACAUCACACUGAGGGGAACAUUAUGGCAAGCUAGCUAACUUCAGCCCAAACAUUUUACACACCAUUCUGUUCCAUACAUGCCCAAACGAUAGGGCUACUUUUUUUGCCUAAUACUCACACAGGUAAAAGGACUGUAUCACUCCGUUAGGCAGGGUAUAUGCAUGUCAUUUGUAAAAACUUGAGCAAAAUGGGCCUGGAAAUGUAUAUUCGGUCCAUUAUUCACUCAGGGUCUCUAAUAGUCUUUUGUAAGAUGCAUUACAUCAGCAAUGUUUGACGUCAUUUAAAAUAUCCAUACUGCAUUAUGCCAGUCCAUUACAUUCACAAUCAAACCUCUUAGAGAAGUUUGUCAUAGCAUGUUUUAAGUUUAGAUUUGACUCUUUAUAUGGAGUUGUACAGAUUCAUAGUGAUAGGGGUAUAGACUAUGUUGACUGUUAUGUUUAGGUUGUUGCAUAUUGUUUACCAGAGAGAACUUACAUUCACUUUAUUAGGUACACCCGAUUGUUAAUGCAAAUAGCCAUGCAGUGAAUGAGGCUGCAACUUAAUAUACAUAAAGCAUGCAGAAAUGGUUUAGUGGUUUAGUUGUUCGACCAAUCAUUAGACUGGGGAAGACACGUGAUCUAAGCGAUUUUGACCAAGGUUUGAUUGUUGGAGCCAUGCAUAGUGGUUCCAGUAUUUUAAAUAGCUGACCUUGGAUUUUUCACAUACUACAGUGUCUUGAGUGAUACUGGAUUGGUGUACCUAAUAAAUUGGGUAGUGAGUGUAUGUCCUUUCCUAAAUAUCCCUCCAAUCAUCAGUGGAGGAUUUUACAUCAGCUGUUUUUAUUGUGUGGAAGGAGGAUAUUGUACCCAGGAUUAUACUACAUUGAGGUGAUACUAGAGAAUGCCAGACGUUAAAUUACUAUCUUGUCUUCCAUUCAUUGGACUAUAAUGUAUUUUAGCUGAGUUGCCUGUUCAGCUGCUGCUGGGAAACUGGAAUGCAUUGUUAUAUUUUAGAGUACAGUAUGUACUCUGCCUAGAGCAGGGUUCUUUGGCUUUACCAGAUCCUUUUCACAUUUGAUCCUGACCCACUUUAUUCAAUCAGUUAACUAAUCAUCAAGCCUUUGAUUAAUUGAAUGGAGUGUACCAGUUUACGGUUAAAACAAAAAAAUGUGGAAGGUCUCAGGAGGCCCAAGGAGAGGUCUAAGAAACCCUGACCUAGAGCCAUUUGAUAAAAAGUUUUUCAUAUUUAUACAUAUUUUUUUGUGAUAUUAUUAUUUUUUAUUUCAGUGUUUGUUUUACACAUUAGCCUUUUGUUUGCUAAAAAUUCACUGCAAGCCUUAUUUGCAUGAGCAGAUGCAUUGCAUUUUAGUUUGUUUUCUAGACUUGUUAUAUCUUUAAUAUGAUAGUGACUGUUAUAGACUGGUUGCCUAUGACAAGAUUUCCAUUUUAUGUGAGAAAGAAAAGCCUUUUUGGCUGCAUUAAGACAAGCUGCCAAUUCAGAUAUUUGUUCCAUCUUUUUUUCUGCAUGAUUAUGUCCAUGUCUGUUUUGUGUGUAUACAAACACCUUAAGCUUCUGCAGUUUAACUAAGUCGAGGGCUGUAAAACAACAACAAAACACUGUCCCCAGACUGUAGCGGUUUUCAAUCAUCCAAGUUCUGAGUUACAAGGCUUUGCUUAUGUAUUUAUGAAAGUAUCCACAGUUAUUAUAGAAUUAGGGUUAGGCACUGAAGAAAUUAAAAUGCAUAACAUGAUAUGAAGACAAUACCAUUGCCAUUUAAACGUUCAACUUACAGACUUCAUAUUGAAUACACUAACAUGUUCUAAUAUAAAAAACAAAUUUUGGUAAAACAAAAUUUGGACCAAAUCAAUGUCUGAAUUUUUACUUUUAUUUGAAUUGGUGGUCAGGGGUGACUAAUUACUUUGGUAGUGUACAUGCAUAUCUUAAUAUUUAAUAAUAUUUAGACAUUAUCAGUGCAUGGUAAUUUUUCCUAACACAAAGGGCUUUUACUAGUGGAAUUCAAGCUAUAAUAUUCUUAGGGGCCAAUUGGACACUUCUUCUCUGAUCAAGGUGAAGUUUACAUGUCUAGUGUGUUAUAAUCCUGAUAUCAGGUUUACUUUCUUACCUUGCCAUUGUAAUAACGCCUAAUUGAGCUGAUUUAAACCUCUGUAUAUUAGAUUUUUUUACAUAUCCCAAAUACCCCGGUAGUUGUUUUCUCUAGGCAGCCAGAUGGUUUUUCAAAAUGACCUUCCAGGGACCAUUUAACUUUGAGUUGAUGUCUUUUGGUAAUGUGCCUCUUUUGCCCCAGAGGCUUCAAAGAACAUUUGCAGUUUGCAUAGCACUGAUGACCAUAACCCCAGA